CUGACGCAUGCGCAUUAGGACGCCGCUGGCUCUAAGCAGCAGAAACUAUGGCCGUCGCGAUGCAAACGGAGGAUUUUCCUUACCUACCUUCGGGGCCGGCGGAGGUAAAUAAGAUGAUAAAGGAGCAUGGUGACCUGUUUUCUGACUCCCAGUGUAAAGUCUGCAGUGCUGUCCUCAUUUCUGAGUCUCAGAAGUUGACUCAUUAUCAGAGCAAGAAACAUGCCAAUAAAGUGCGCCGUUAUUUUUCCCUCCAAAAUGAGAAGGAGCCAACGGUCAAGAAGUUCAAGACAUCAUCUGACAGUGACUGUAACAAUGGAGACAGCGACCGGAUGAAGGAGUGUCAUGUGUGUAACAUGACCUUCUCCUCUCCUGUGAUGGCUGAGUCUCACUACCAGGGCAAAGUUCACGCCAAGAACUUGAGGUUGAAAACCUUCGGUCCCCAGGCCCCAGUAGCCUCCCAAACACCACCAACAGUGCAGCCGAAGAAGAAACCUGCAGAUGAUUCUAGCGGUAUGUCGGUGACGGGUGGCAACAACAACAACCCAGACCGUUUCUGCUCCAUCUGCCAGGCCUCCUUCAACAACCCGCUCAUGGCCCAGCAGCACUAUGUGGGCAAGAAGCAUAGAAAACAGAUGACCAAGCUGAAACUGAUGGAGACGUACGGCCCCUCCACUGCACCAGCAUCCACACUAAAGGGCUACCCCUGCACCGUCUGCAAUAUUGAGCUAAACUCUGUGGAGCAGUACCAGUCUCACAUCAGUGGUGCCAAACACAAGAACCAAGUGAAGAAAUCAGGCCUGAACACCGCAGAGAACCAAGACGCAGCAGAACAGAACUACGAGGGCGACAGCCAGUACACUGGCGGAGACAACCAGUUCACUGCAGCAGAUGACCAGUACACCCCCGGGAACGACCAGUACACCCCCGGGGAUGACCAGUACACCCCUGGGGACGACCAGUACGCCCCCGGAGACGACCAGUAUGCCCCUGGGGACGACCAGUUCGCCGCCGGGGACGACCAGUACGCCCCUGGAGAUGACACGCAGUAGGUAGCAGGAGACAACCAGUACACUCCCGAGGACACAGAGUACUCAGAGCAGUACCACUUUACUUGAGGCUGGGCUGGGAGGGACUGCAGAGCUUUCAGUCAGAACUUGUAAUGACACACAACAACCAGCCCCCUUGACACGUUAACAUCGACCUCCAUAGACCUUCAGAGUCUCUUCUCAGUAGGUUUUCAUCCUCGAACAGAGCCAUCUGGACCCUGGAAUACCCUGAUGUGGUGUUUUAUUACUUUGGCUUCCCAACCGAAAUACGUUUUCCCCUCUAAUGGCUCAAGCUUGUGAAUAAGUGAAAGGUUCGGUUCGAUUCUUCAAUAUGUGAUCAUGGCUCAGCAGCUGUCAGUACCCACAGUCAUUAUAAUGAGUGUCUUCUUCUGUUACAAACAUGUACUGACCGGAAACCAUCAGUGUACACGAGGGCUGUGUAUCAACCUUUUCUUUUCUACACAACUCUUCAUUUGUGUAACAACAGACCUGACUUUUUCCAAAGUUGUCCAUAUCAGAGGUACCAUAAGAAUACUGAAAGAAAAUAAAACUAUAAAACUAUGCCAGCUUUCGAUACUUUGUGCUACGGACACAGAGGAUCAAACUAAGUAUUGACAUUUGAAACCCAGCUGUAGUGCACACAUACAGAUGCCCCAGUCAGGUUUUUGAUUCCUCUAAUAUUCAAUAUCUGCCAAGUCUGAUAGAGUGUUUCUGUUGAUUAGAUUAUAUAAACAUAAGCUGACAUUGUAUUUUCUCACAACCUACUUGAUCCAAACACCAAAGGUCCUGGUUUAAAACAUUUAUUUUUAUAAAGUUAAGGUUCAGUUUGUAACUCCAGAGAAGAGGAGCUGAUUGUUGAGUCUCAUUCUCAGGUCGUCAAAUACUGAAGCUUUGGGUUGGCAGUUGUCGGUAUUUCUGGGAAUGAGACAUCAUCUAUCUCUCUCCAGAAUUACACACUGCACUUUUAAGUUACUGAGAAUAUUUGGAUCAAAGUUAAACUGAAGAAUGUGACUCCUGAUGUGACGUGAUCAGCUGGAUUGCAGAACGAGACACUGCGUCACUCUGUGGGACGAACUCUGUACAGCGCCAGAGGAUAAACACAUCAGUCCACGCUAAAGAUCCUAAAAUCUAGUUAUUAUAAGUUUAAAUUGAAUAUUAAAAUAAACUAAUAGUAUAUAUUAUCUUAAAGGUCACACAGUGUCAGGCAAUUUAAUGUUAUUAAUGAUAUUAUUUUGUUAUUUGGCAAAUUUCCCAUGGACAUUUUGGCUGUUUACAUUUCCAUCUGGCGGACAACAACACGUGAUACGGGACAAAAGCUAGCAUAACAUCACCUCUGGCCGCACUAACACCUCACUAAUACUAACAUUUGGUACCAGAGCUUCAUGUAACCAGUGAAAAAGCUGCUUCCCCCGUCACAUCUGUGACUCCUCUCUGCACCUGAAUCAGUUGGUUUGCAUCUCCAGUUAAUGUACUUAUUGAAACACCUUCCUCUCUAUGGGAUGGCAUUUAAAUCAAUAUUAAAUAAAAAAUAAAUACAUAAAUAUGUCUGUGAAGACAUUUAUGAGGCAGUACAUUCAUGUAAAUAUAAACAUAAAUGAGUCAAUAAAUAAAUAGAUUUUUAUUUUAGAAAAGGAUAUUUUUCAAAAGACGAAGAAAAUUUAUUCAUGGGAACUUUUAUUUCAGAAUUUAUUUGCCAGCUUGUCUUUUUUCAUCCGUAUCUUCAAAUGAACAGGGCGUGGUUAUCUCACCGACUCAGUGUUGUCUCACCUUUAAAGCGGCAUCAGAGGUUGUAGCAGCGCUGAAACUAUGUCUAUAAAAGGGAUGGGCGUUUGACGACGUAUUAUGAGUGUGACCCAUCUCAGAUUUAAAAAGUAGCCGUUAGCAGUUAGCAGCUAACUCAAAGAAGAACAGCAGCUGAAAAUGUCCACACAAUUGGGAAAACAUUGAGGUCCAGGAGCUCCUUACCCUGUGAGCAGAGGACGAGAUCAGCCGCCAUAUAACAGGGACGCUAAAUGAUUGUUGAUGCAGGUGUUAUAUGUCACACUAGAGGCCGAUGUUGUUGUGUUAAAUGACACCUCUUUUGAUUCCGUUAUGCCGGCAUGCUGUCUAAAAUCACACACUGGGGUGACGUGAUACUGCUGUUGUGUGGUUUUGUGUAAAAAUGCAAAGGCGGCAGGAAGAAGAGACUUCACAGCGGCCCUACAGCGCCAUCUCUGUGUACAAAGGUCUCCUCGCAGCAAAGUAGUCUUCUAGCAGCGGGGGGUGAGUCGGAGGGAUGGCGGGAUGCGUUAGCUUGCUGAAUCUGAGUCAAAUUCACUUGAAUGUAACAGAUGGAAAUAAAUUCGGAAAGAAAAGUCAUCUGAAAUAAAUAAAAGGAGUCUUCUGAAAAAUGUCUUUUUCCCCUCCAAUAUAAAAACCUGUUUAUUUAUUAAACGACUGGAACAUUGACUCUUUUAAUAUUUAUUUAUUGCCUCAUUUAUUUAUUUCAGGAUUUAUUUUAUAUCACAUUCAUGUAUGCAUUUAUGUAACAUUGAGUUAAUGCCAGUCCGUACUUCUCUGUGAGUUUGAUCAUCUCUCCAGCCGGUGUUGAAGACUUUGGAAAGGAAGUGAAAUCACAGCCUGAUGAGUCACUGUAGCCACACCUGAUGCUGCUGCCACUGUCCAGGCAGGUGAAGAAAAACUUUGUCUCCAUUCUGGAUUGAGUUUGUAAAACCUGAUCUCAUUAUAUGAAUCAUUAGCUGAAUCUGACUUGGUUUUACUGUUUAACUUUUUUAUUUAAAGCCAAAAUAUCUCCAGAAGUUGCUUUUUUGUUGUUGUUUUUCAUUGUUGGUUGUUUGGUGUUAAACAUCGAGCAGCAGAUUGUGAUUCACUCGAAUUUCUUUUUAAUGUGACAAAGCUGAUGUUUCUGUUCAGAUUCUGCGUUUAUGUUGUACGCUCCAGUUUUUACUGUAAACUCAAAAAUGAUUAUUUUAAUGGCCCAGUCACACGUUCCUGUUAUUCUUUCUGUCUGUAGGUUGCACAACAAACAGGAGUGAAUAGUUUUCCUGCAGGAGACUAGAAAUGAUACUGCGAGAAUGUAAAUCUUUGUCUGAGGCUCAUCUUUAAUGCUAAAAAAGGAUCCUGUGAUCUCAGAGAGUCGAAAUUAGAUCCUCUACUGCUUCACAAAGAACCUGAGUGUGUCACCAGUGAGCAUUUUGUAGAGGUUGAUGUCAUUUUAUAAAGUUUGAACAGUUAAUAAGAAAACGGAGAGAAGGAAAGGAUGAUGAUAGAAAAACAUGAAUUCUGUCCUCUCAUUUCAAAUCUUUAACAGCUGUGAGUUCAAGUGUGUUAAAGCUUUUUUGUACCGUUGAGUUUUGUUUUACUGAAGGGCGAAAAGAUUUUUAAAUCCUUUGCUUCUGCGUCGGGGCUUUAUAAACUCUAGAAGAGACCGAUAGAUGCUUUCUGAGCUCUGUAAUUACUGUCAAUAGCAGAGAUGACAAUAUUUACUGCAUCGAUUUUCAAGAGUGAUGUCAAUAUUAGAAAGUGAUGUCAAUGUUAGAAUAACUUUUUUUUCGUCCAUUUGUCCUCAUACAAGAUGACAGGUUGAGUAUUUUAGGAUUAAAUGUUCAACCUUCUGGCUAAAGACAAAAAAAGAUUUUUUUUGGAUGUAAUUUCUACAAAGAGGGCUCGUACACGCUGUAUGUAGAGUUCACGGUGUAUAAAAGACAAAUGGCUUUUUUAUUUGUUUUCACCCUCAUCGUUUGUGUGUUAGGUGUUUUGUGAUUUAAGAUUUACUUUGAAUAUAAGUUGUGUAUAACUGAGGGAAAAUAAAUGCCGCAAAGA